CAUAACCUUUCAUAUAAUGAAACAUUGAAACAUAUCAAAUUAUAUGUACCAGGUAAGAAGGAUACCUGGUCAAUCAAACUUGCAGAACGCAUCAUGGGAAUACUUAUUAGCCUUGAUGGUAGAGUGAUGAUGAAAAUCAUGUCCACACCUACUGUAACACUAAUUGCCGCGGAGGUAGGAAAUCUUGAGUUUCUAUCUCUGAUUAUGAGCAUAGACCCCGAAUUGGUAUGGGAAUCUGAAGACACGAGCCAACGCAUAAUCCGCGUAGCUGUAUUGCAUCGUCAUGCUAGUGUCUUCAAUUUAUUAAUACAUCAUCGUGCGGGACCAAUCGCAGAUUCCAUAGUAACUUCCAUUGAUGACGAAGGAAACAAUCUAUUGCAUUGUGCUGCAAAAUUAGCACCACCAGACAAACUUAAAUUGGUCUCUGGAGAAACGCUUCAAAUGAUGCUUGAGUCGACAUGGUAUAAGGUGGUGAAGAAGUUGAUGCCACCAUCAUCAGUGGAAAUGAGAAACUAUGCAGGUCUUACUCCACGCCAACUGUUUACCAUGGAGCAUGAACCAUUGCUCAAGAAAGGAGUAUCUUGGAUAAACAAAACCGCAAAGGCUUGCAUUAUUGUUUCGACCCUAAUUUUCUCUGCUUGCUACAGCUGGUUAACUGGUAACAAUAAUGAUGACAAUAAAGGAAGUCAAAACGAUUCCAAGAGACUAGCCUCCCAGAUAUUUGCAUUAGCAGAUACCGUAGCAUUGAUGUCAUCUUUAGCCUCUGUCUCCAUUUUCUUCUCUACCGUCAUCUCACGUUUUUCUGAAGAGGACUUUCUCAAGUCACUACCGCUCAAGUUGAUAUCUGGCCUAGUGGCAUUAUUUAUCUCAAUCAUAAGCAUGAUCUUAGCAUUUAGUAGUACCUUCUUCAUAACAAAUUACGAAUAUUUGAAGUGGGUUCCUAGUUCCAUCUCUGGGGUUGCAUUUUUAACAAUACCCCUAUUUGUAUGUCUUCAGUUUCCCCUAUGGUUUGAUAUCAUGUAUUCAGCUUACAUUUCUAGUUCUCUCUCUUGACCAAAAAACUCACGAUUCCUUAGAAUACUGGAA